AUGGUGUUGUCUGUUCAGCGCAUGUUGGCCCUGACGCUGUGCGUGUCAACACUCACCGCCUCGGAAGUCGCACCGACCUCCGCGCUGCGCACGCACCCGCGUCGUAACCUCGUGGGGAUUCACCACACGACAAAGUACGCUCCUCAGGUAGUGAAGCAGACGGAAGGACAGGAGGAAGAGGAGACGGAAGCGGAGGUCAAGGCAAAGGAGAAGGAAGAGGAGGAGAAGGUCAAGGCCACGGAGAAGGAGCAGGAGGGCAAGGAGAAGGAAAAGGAGCAGGAGCAGGAAGAGAAGGAGAAACAAAAGGAAGAAGAAGAGGAGGAGAAGGGGUCCCAUGAUUCGUAUGACUCUAUUGAGUCGGGCUCUAAGGAACUGGAGCUGAAGGAGAACGAGGAGCUCGAGCUUCAUAGCUCCAAAGACAUUGAUGUAGAGCUUGGGGACGGACCUGUCGACGUGGACGUGGAUCUCCAGGCCAAUGAGGUGCUGGACUUCGACGGAGAUGGCGACCAGGACAUUGACCUCAAGGCGUCUGAUGAUCUGGACGUUUCGGCCGAUGUGAAGCUGGAAGGCGACGAGCAAAUGGAAACGGAGCUGGAGUUGCGAGACGGCACGGUGGACUUGAAGCUAGCCGACGACGAGGACUAUACUCAGGAUCUCGAGAUUCAAGACGACGAGGAACUGGACCAGACCUUUGACGUGCCGGAAGGAGCCAGGUCCAUUCGGCUUCGAGUGCGCAAGGGCCACGUGGAUCUGGACGUUCUCAAGGCUGCCCCGACACACGUCAAGGAGCCGGAGGUGGAGACGAAGAAGGAGCAGGUGUCGCAGGUGAAAGAACCAGAGCCAGAGAAAGAGCAGGAGCAGGAGAAGACAGAGGUUGUUGCCAUGGCUACUACCGAGAAGGCUGUUUCGUACGCUGCUGAAGCCAAGGACUGGUUCAAGGAAAACGGCAGUAAGCCUAUCUUCCUCGGCGGUGUGAUUGGCGCUGCGGUGGGCUUGGUCGGUGUCGCUGGAGUGGCCGUCGCCAAGGGCCGGAAGCGCACCCCGGAGAAGUCGGUCUUGGCAGAGGACGUUAUCGCUGAUGCUGAUGCCGAAGCGAAGGCCGAGGCGGACGAUGAUGCCGAAGCCGAGUCGGACAGUGACGAGGACAGCGACGAGGACGUCGAGGCUGGCGUUACAGCACUUACGGAGGAGGAGGACGCUGUUGCAGAGGAGAAGGAGACGAGCGUCGUGGAGGAGAAGAAGACGAGCGUCGUGGAAGGGUCGGUGUAA